AAGAAGAGAAACAGAGCGACGAUGGCUCCAGCUCAGGAGGACACUACAGGAGCAGGGGAGGCGAACUCUAACUAUGCUUACCACGUGCUGGAAAGUUGCAAGAAAAACCGCGAGAAAACGGUGCUGGUGAUUGACGGAGACCUAGUGACGGGGCUCCAAAUGCACCAGAGGAUAUCUGCGGCCGUCUACCUGCUGCGUGCGAGGGGCGUGGUGCCCGGAGACCGCGUUCUCAUCACAAUGGUGCCUUCAGUAGACUUCUUUGCCCUGACAGUUGCAACGCUCUCCGUAGGAGGGUGUCUGGUGAUCCUGGACCCGUCCAUGGGACUCGAGAGGGCCAACCACUGCAUCAAGAUUGCCGGACCAUCGGCGUGGUUGAUGCCUGCUGGAUCAUGGUUCAAGUAUCUGAAGUUCCUGGCCCCUGCUCUACGGGGCAUUUCGAUCCAAAUUGAGGUGGACAGUCUAGCUGCCACCAAGUCGGCAUCCUCUGGUGGCCAGGGGGACAAGGUGCUACUGGGGAGUGGUCGUGUGGUGGAGCUGGUGGAACCCCAGGACUGUGUCCCUGUUGAGAAUGCCCUCGUCACCUUCACUACCGGCAGCACCGGCCUUCCUAAACUCAUGCUCAGACAGCACAAUUUCCUCAGGAACCAGGGUCGCAGUAUGUCUCACAGCUAUGCUAAAGAGAUGAAGGACCGCGUGGGAAUUUCCGAGACAGACGGUGUCUACUGCACCAAUCUCCCACUCUUUGGCCUCCACUUUAUCACGAUUGGAGCGACGUGCCUGGUGUUUCCCAAUCUCAACAAAAUCCAGCCGGCCAAGAUUUUAGAAAGCAUCAAGAAGUACGGAGUCACGUUUAUCGGGGGAUCCCCUGCUUUCACCUACAAAUUGGCGUGUCACGCUGCAAAACUUGGAAUUUCGCUCCCCGUGAAGGUCACGAGUAUGGGCGGGGCACCCGUCUACAGAGGAAUGUUCCGAACCAUUGCGUCAGUCACGCCCGAGAAGAAGGCUGUGGUAUUGUACGGGUCGACGGAGGUGGAGCCUGUGAGCGUGAUAUUUGCAGAGGAGAAACUGCAGCUGGAGGCUGAGAAACCAGACGGUCACUGCAUCGGUAGACCUGUGUUCGAGGACUCUGCCAGAGUUAUUGGGAUACUGAGUGAGCCACCGAAGGAGCCAGUUGAUAUUUCUACACUGGAGAUGCCCCGUGGAGAAAUUGGGGAGAUAGUGGUGUCAGGAUGGCAUGUUAACACUCACCAGGUGGAGGAGAAGCGACUGGUGAGGGAUGUGGAGGGGAGGGUGUGGCUGCGUAUCGAGGACGCCGGCUACAUGGACCGGGAGGGGAGACUGUGGCUGGUGGGCAGAGUCAAAUGGAGGGUGGAGAGAAACGGAAAGACCUUCUGGUCUACGGUUGUGGAACAAAAGGUACUGGACAGGUGUAGUGUGGUGACGUUUGCAGCGUAUCUUCCCCACAAAGAGGAGGCGUGGCUAUUCAUCGAGGCCCCACGGGGAUUGCCAGCCAGCGAGGAGUCAGGUAUACAUGUAGCCCUGUACCACCUCAUCUCCCAAUCCAAUUUCUCACCGUGUCUAAUGUCAAAUCUACUGAAUUCUUCGUUGUACAUGUGUACAAUGCAUGCAGCGUUGAAGCAGUUUCUACUGACGGAGGCAAUACCUGUGGACCACCUAGUGGUGAAGGCCCACAUACCCAAGGACAGAAGACACCAGUCCAAGCCCAAUACCGCCGUCCUUUUUGCUGCUUCUCCUUUCAAAAGAUAUACAAAGUUGGCGAUGUACCUACUUCGCUCCAACCCUCUCUUGACACUUGUACUCUUUUUACUCUUUCUAAUUUUUGGAGUCAUAUUCCUCCUCGUCUUAUCCUGAGCCUGGUUUGGAACACUAUGGUGACUGACUAGACCAUUAUUGAUGGUGCGUUGACCUCACCAUACUAAACUGACUUUUAAAAGCCUGCGUCCUCUAGAUGUACUUAUGUCUGUAGCGUUACCACAAAAUGAUACGAUUGAAGUGAAAGACAG